AUAUGUAUGUAAAUCUAGUUUUCGGAAUGCGUCACGGCCUUCGAAGCGCCACGAACGGUUUUCCGACGUAUGGUACCAUAUCAUAUCGGAAAGGUGAUCGUUGAUUGGCUCGCGCUUGGUACCCCACACCGCCCCACACUACCACUCGGUUUAUACCAAAGGCGGUGGAACGGGUUGCCUGGCAAUCGAAUAAAAGAGGGGAAGGAGGAGUGAUUUCGCGCGUUGACCGGAUUCCGAGUUGUUUCUGAUACAUUCGAGAGCUAAGGUGCGUCUUUUCUCGUCUGACUAGAAAGCAUUUGAAAAAAGGCGAUACCUAUCAUCUCAGUACGACGAGAUGUCCGUCAUGGGUAAGCCGGUACUCUAUUCCUAUUGGAGGAGUUCCUGCUCUUGGAGGGUGAGAAUUGCAUUAAAUUUAAAGGAGAUACCUUAUGACAUAAAACCUGUCAGCCUAGUGAAAGGUGGAGGAGAACAACAUUGUAAUGAGUUCCGUGAAAUAAAUCCAAUGGAACAAGUGCCUGCACUUCAUAUUGACAAUCAUACAUUGAUAGAGUCUCUAAAUAUAUUACAAUAUCUGGAAGAGACUAGACCACAUCGUCCAUUGAUGCCAGCUGAUCCAGUCAAAAGAGCUAGAGUUAGAGAGAUUUGUGAAGUGAUAGCUAGCGGUAUACAACCUUUGCAGAAUUUAGUUGUACUGAUAUAUGUAGGGGAAGAACGUAAAAAGGAAUGGGCACAGCAUUGGAUAACAAGAGGUUUUACAGCUGUAGAAAAAUUGUUGUCUUCCAGUGCAGGCAAAUAUUGUGUAGGAGACGAAAUUACAUUAGCAGAUUGUUGUUUGGUGCCACAAAUUUUCAAUGCCAGAAGGUUUCAUGUUGAUUUGAGACCUUUUCCAACAAUUUUAAGGGUAGAUAGACAUUUAGAAGGCCAUCCAGCUUUCACUGCAGCUCACCCUAAUAACCAGCCUGACUGUCCACCUGAGGCGACUAAGUAGCAAGCAAGGCAGACCACCCUUUUCCUCUUCUAAUUCAUUGGAAGUAUGGAAAGAGGUGGUCCAAUUUUUUGUGGUUUGACAGUGGCAAAAGGUGUUAAAGUACCCAUGAGCCUUAUUUUGUAUCAAAUUUACAAAGAAAUGACGUUAUCAAGAAACUACUCUUUGUAUUUAUAGAGUAGAAUUUACAUGCAUAUAAGAUGCGUUUUUGCUUAAAUUUUUAAUAAGCACAGAGAGCAUAACGUUAAAUUUGCAACUAUAUCUUUUGCUAAUUUUAUAUGAAAUACAUUUACAGAUCUGUAAGAUAAUGGUACGUUUUCACCUUUUAUCACUUUUAAACUACAAUUAAGUACUGAAAUGGUAGAUGAUACAGAACAUACUAUGUAUCACUGAUACAAGAUAUUUCAUCAUGGACAUGAUCAAACUAUGUGCUAUUGUAUCAGCUGUUUGAAAACAAAGUGAUAGUCGUGCCAUUUCUGUACUUAAUGAAAGAAUAGGAAUAUUGGCCUAUUUUUUUACUUCUGUUAUGUUGUUUUGAUUAUUUUAUAUGCACAAUCAAAAUUUACAAAAUUUGUCUUCGUACAGCGUUUACAUAAUAUUUUAUAUAAUGUAUUAACCUAUUAAGAAUAGGUUCUGUUGUCUGAAAUCAAAAGUUUACUUUUAUACUUAUAAUAUAAUUUUUCAAUUAACUUUGACUCAUAUAGAAUAAGAAAAAAGUGUUACUAUUUAAUAAUAGUAAAAUAUCUUUAAAUUUUUUGCUGAAACUAGCAUAAUGACUGCAACUUCCAAUACAUGUAGUAUAUAAACUUUGAAAGGAAGAGGGAAAUUCAUAGGAAAUGCAUUUUAUUGAAAUUUAA